AAGGUCACCUCUUACCGAGGAACCCCCACCGCCCCACCAACAGACUCCAAGACGCUCUCUCGCCUCACAGCAGGAGCUCUGACCUCAGAGUUCACCUCACCUCAACGCCGCCAUCCUCCAACCUCUCUCUCUCUCUCUCUCUCUCUCUCUCAUCUCAACACCACACAACCCUCCACCAUGGACACCUCACGAGACUCAUCAAACCUUCUCGACACGCACAACCGCCUCAUCGCCGACGUCCUCUCUCGCUUCCGCAUGCUCACAAUGCUCGCGACAAUCCAAGCCGAAGGCGAGCGCAAAAACGCCGAGCCCCAGACCGUCGCCGUCACAGGCAUGUCGAUGCAAAUGGAGUUUGAAGGCCUGCACACAUCAAUCAAGGACCUCCUCGCCCUCAGCCGCCGCCUCAAGGAACUCUGGCUCUUUGGCAAGCUGGGCCAGGGCGAAGGCGACGCGCGCAUCCAGGCCGACAAGCUCCAGGCUGACGUGGUGCGGUGCGCGGAGCUGCUCAACGCCAUCCAGGAGACCCGGUUCUCUGGCCUCGCGGCGGCGGCGGAGGGCAAGUGGGUGCCGAUGGGCCGCGCCGAUGCCGUGUCUGUUGAGGGUGGUGGUGCUGCUGCUGCUGCUCCCCCGCCUGCGGCUCCGACGGCGUCGAAUGGGGCGGGUGGUGCUGCAUGA